AUGAGCAACAUGGCAACGGAGAUUGUCGCCUUUCUUUUAACCAUAUCAGGUUGGAUCUUGGUGUCAUCCACAUUGCCAACAGACUACUGGAAGGUGUCCUCUGUGGAUGGAACGGUCAUCACGACAGCGACCUUCUGGUCCAAUCUGUGGAAAACAUGUGUGACUGAUUCCACUGGUGUGUCCAACUGCAAGGACUUUCCAUCAAUGCUGGCUCUGGAUGCCUACAUUCAGGUGUGUCGGGGUUUGAUGAUCGCUGCUGUGUGUCUGGGUUUCUUUGGUGCCAUUCUUGCCUUGGUAGGAAUGAAAUGCACAAAAAUAGGGGGCUCAGAAACCACCAAGGCUCGUCUGACUGUCCUGUCUGGCUUCCACUUCAUUUUCAGUGGCAUCUGCUGCAUGACUGCAUGCUCCAUAUAUGCACACAGGAUCACAACUGACUUCUUUGACCCCCUUUUUGUUGCACAAAAGUUUGAGCUAGGGGCAGCUCUCUUCAUUGGCUGGGCUGGAUCUGUGCUGUGCAUGUUAGGAGGACUUGUCUUCUGUUUUUCCCUCUCUGAAAGCGUCACUAUCAGAGGUGAGUACUCUUACACUGGAGCAACAUCAUUUGUGAAGACAAACAAGAAACACAAGACUUCCAACAGCCUGCAGAAGGAACCGCGGCAGCAGCUGGGGCAGUUUGGAAAAAAUGCAUACGUGUAG